AUGAGAAGGGGUGUGUCUGUGGCGACCCUGAACAAAGACCUGAAUGUUUCUACACUGACCAGUGUUCAGAAACAGACAAUCCCAGUUCUUCUGUCGGGACGAGACGCUGUGGUCCGAUCUCAGACGGGAUCAGGUAAAACGCUUUCGUACGCCGUCCCCCUGGUUCAGAGUCUCCAGCUGGUGCGGCCGAAGGUCAGCAGGUCAGACGGUCCUCUGGCCGUCGUCAUCGUCCCUACGAGAGAGCUCGCCCAGCAGACGCUGCAGAUCUUCCAGAAACUUCUGAAGCCGUUUACCUGGAUCGUCCCAGGUGUUCUGAUGGGAGGAGAGAAGAGGAAAUCAGAGAAGGCCAGGCUCCGUAAAGGAAUCAACGUCCUGGUCUCGACUCCUGGACGUCUGGUGGAUCAUAUCAAACACACCCUGAGCAUCGUGUUCAGCUCCGUACGCUGGCUGAUCCUGGACGAGGCCGACAG